AUUUGCUUGCCCUUUGGUUUUGGAGUUGAUCCGUAGCUAAAAAAUUGGAGCCUGUUUGAAAAUUUACAACCCAUCUUUCUGUUGCUUGCCUUUAGAAAUUCUUACACUUCAUCCAUCCUGUACUGCCCAUGUACAAAUGAUGCAAAAAUGCUGAAAAUUGUAUUAUUGCAGAUGUUUGUUACAAUCCUCCUUUUUUUCUUCUUGUUGUUUACCAUUGCCAGCUCACUGUUAACAUAGAAAACUGCUGUUUCGACUCAGGCCAGGCCUUUCUGUCUAGAAGAAGUAUCAGUUACAGCUGAGUAUAGAUUGGUCUUUGCAAAAGAUUUUAAACUCAGAAGUAACAUUGCAUAAAAAAAAUGCUUAAACAAGGAAUCAGUUGGAUAUUUGACUUUUUUCAAUAUAUUAUUCCUAUUUUUCUACAUGAUUUAAUGAAGAAAGGUAUGGCAUAAUUUUACUAAGCAUUAUCCAAACCCAUAGACAAAGUUAACUGACUGCAGAGGAGGAUUUAACAUAGUCAAGAAAAAAAAUCUCAGGAAAAUGCUCUUCACCAGUAGCAAGCUGUAGCUGUGGCUUACAUUUCAAACUUCGCAUCCUGUGAACUUUGAAGAGGAAAUUGUGGUCUUUUGUAUAUUUAGUUACUGAUAUAUAAUAAUACUAAAGGAUUGUGGAUCUUACCUAGUUCCAAAAAAACCCCCUGGUUUGAUUGAUAGGUUUGGCUUGUCCAUGCUCUCUACUUAAGAGAUUUAAACAUGUAGCAAUUUUUUCACUGGUGGAUUAAUUUUAUUUUUUUUUAAAUUAGCUUCAUGUGUAAAUGCAAACUGAAGCUCAAGAUGCACUGUAUAAUGCAUAUUAUAAUUAUGAAUGUAUCCAAUAUAAAUCCACAUCUUUAUUUUAAGUAAAACAUGCUAUUAUAAUAAGGUAUGCUAAAAUAUGCUCUAAAGAUGCUCAAUAUUGUAUGCAUGUUUUGAAAAAAACCCACAUUUUAAUCACAUGCAAAAGUGACAGACUACAGAUACCAUUAAAAGCUGUCAUUUUCUUUUAUAAAAUUUGCAAUUAUUUUCACCAGAAUUAGAAAUACAGUAUGUCAUUUUGAUUCAGUUUUUUUCUAAAAAUUAAAAUUACUGUUCUUGAUCUUUUUUUUUUUUCUUUGGCUGAGAAAAUAAUUUGCAAAGUAACGAUGAAUUGGAGUAAUUUAAUUUUAGGAUAAAAUCCAGCCAGUUUUACUUCUUUUAAGUGAUUACUGCUUUAUCUUAAUGGGUUCAUGUAUUUGUCAGGGAACAUGCAUUUAAUGAUCACUGCUUGCAGAGUGGGACUAUUCUACUUUUGGAAUGCUUCCAGGAAUUAGUGCAAUUUCCUUACUUCCUACGGGUACCAUGCUGGGUUUUUUCCCAUUUUGAUUUUUUUUUAACACUUCUAAGGAACACAAAGCUUUAAAGUUUCUGUGUCACCUUUCAAUCUGAGAAUACUAUCUCAACAUUUAUUAUUGAUAAAUGUCAUUUUUGUGGAUGAAACGUCUCAAAGCAUCCUGUGCAUUUUUUUGCUUGUCCUAAAAUGAUUGAAUGAAUGUUAUUUUUCUUUGAAGUUCAGUUAUUUAUGAAAAACCUCUGAGACUCAGUUGCAUUGAAAUUUCCAGGUAGGAACUUGUAAUUCUCAUAGUGUUUUCAAUCUUAGGCAAUCAGUGACAAUCAACACAUUAAUGGAAUAUAGAAGCACAGAAUUUGUACUCAGUAUUUGUAGUUUAAUUACAUUUUCAACCACUCUUGCCUUUUUAGUCAGCAAUUAGAAGUGUCACCAAAUCCUACAGAUACCUGUUCCGCUCAUACUUGUCUUAGUGAAUGUUAAAUUACAUGCAUAGUAUAGAGUGGUGUCUUUAAAACUUAUUAACAAGUCAUUAAUUUCUCUCCUUUUCAAUGAACAAGGAAUGAAAAUAUCAAAUUAUCUUGAUGGGUAUACAGUAAACUUGGCAAUAUAAUACUUUAAUAUUAAAUCUUAGAAUGCUGAUUUUGACCUUUUCAAAACUUAUAUUAAUGCACAGUUAAAUUUUGUAUGAAAAAAAACCCUGAAAGUUCUCUAGAGAAAUCUGUACAAUUUCUUCAUCUUCACUAUGCUUAGUUCUUUCAUCCUAGGUACAUUAAGUGUUCUGUAAAAUACCAGCUCUUAGAUUUCCCUUUUUUAAAAUCCUGCUCCCUAGUAAGGCAUACUGUCCAAGCUGGGAGAAGGGCACAUAAUAAACAUAAUGUUCCAUUGAAGAGCAAUUUAUUUCUCAUAAGAUACCUGCUAUGAAGUACAAAGAUUUAAUUUUUUUUUAAUUGGUGAGUGCUGUAGCACAGCUGCAUUGUGCAUUCAGAUAAAAGCAGAUAGAUUGUUUUACAAUUGUUUGUAAAUAAUAAAGUACCAAAUCAGGAUUGAGUUUAGACUGGUUUUGGAAGAGGAGAGGAUGUCUACCUGCACAGUAUUAUUUGUAAUUUCUGAAUGGCCACUCUUGUGCUGGGAACAGUCUUGAGCCUUGGUCCUGUUCCAAGGGCUUGGUCCUGUUUAUUGUCAGGCAGGCACAGCCCUAAGGGGCUUUGCCUGGCAAAGUACGAGCUGAGUUACGUGUGAUACUUACGUGUGCUCAGUACUUCCACGAAACAGAAUUCCUUAGCUAUUUCAAAGUCACACAUAUUUGUAUGUAUAUUUUUAUCUCACUUUUAUAAAGCAGUCAAACAGUUUGGUGUCUUUGCCACUCUCUUUUUGGACCCUUAUCUGGGUGUUCAUAUUUCACUGUUAUUACACAUCCUCUCCCUAGUUCGAUAUCUUUUCCUUGGUUAUUCAUUAAGAAACAAUUGCACAUCUUCCACCAAUCUCAGCUUCAUUAGGAUAUUUAAACUUCUGUAACCAUUUUAUUUAUCAGCUGUAGCAGCUAUUUGGACUGUUGCUUUAGCAAAAUGUUUUCAGCAAAAGUGUUUAUUAGUAUACAUACAUUAUGUGAGUAUGUUCUGAUCAGCACUUUGGUGGGAACUACAACAGAUUUCUGCACAAACAAAAGUUCAUCUCUCCUCAAAGGUCACUUCACAGUUCUGUUUGCUUUGCUCUUUCAGAUGGAUGUGAAAAUCAUUUCUAGCAGGUGUAUUGCAGUGGUUAUGAUUUUAGUGUGCCUGUAUUUUCUGAAAAUGUCUGUCCUGGAUGUUUUUGGUCUCCUUUAGUUUUUACAGAUUUUAACAGUAUGCUGUGUUUAUAGUCUCCUAGUGUAAUAUCUAGAUUCCACAUAUAUCCAGGUUAUUAAAUUCAUAGUCUUAAGGUCAUUUGGACUUUACAAAGGAAAAGUACAAGAAAAUAAAUCACACAUUUCAGUAUCUUCUAGAUACAUAAUUAUAAGAACACUUAAGAAGGAUUGGUGGUGCUAACUAAAAGACAAUCAUAAAUAUGUUACAUCCUCCAUAUGUCUUUGGAAAGGGAGCAUAAAGUUCCACAAUAAAUUCACUGAGGUUUUGGCAGCUGUUUGCAUGGAAUUAAGGUCAGUUAAACACUUUCUUGUGGCUUUUUACGAAUGUUUAGUUACUAAGAGGAACGUGUAUCUUGUAUUUUGACUGUGAUCUUAUCAGAGUUCUCAGUGUGGUUCCCUGGCAUCUGUGUCAAUGAACUCAUUAUGUUCUAGACUGCUCCGUCUCGUAGUAUCUUGGGAAAAGGGCAGUGUUAAAACUGGCAAAGGGUUCUAACAAGGUGAUUCCUUAUGGCCCUUCCAACCCAAACCACUCUAUGCUCCUAUGGCAGAGAGGUCUUUUAAACAGCCUAGCUAAGGAGGUCUGAGCCCUUAUUACUGGAUUUUUGUGACAGAUAAGAAUGCUCUUACCCUCAGAGCUCCCAGGUGCUCCCUUGUUUCAGCCACUGUAAUGACCAAAAGUAGCUUACUAUCCCCAGCCCUCUGUUCAACUGCUGGCUUCUCUGUGGCCCUACACAGACUGGCCAUUGCUUGCCACUUGACUGUUAGGCAUGCAGAAUGCCUGGCCCUUCAACUGGAGACCUGUACAGAUAGUUUUGAGAGGUACUUAUAUGUCCCCCAUACAUGUGUUAUAUGGGGUUGACCUUAAUAACUGUGAAGUUUGUAUCAGUUUUUUCUGUAGCAGUCAACUGGCCUUGUGUUUGAGGUGGCUUACAAGAAAAAUAAGCCAGAGCAAAUGUUUAACUUUUAACUUUAGGGGAGUUUAGUUUUGGAAUAUUUUUCAGUUGUCUUUGUCAACCAGUUGUUGGUUUGUUGUUUUUUGGUUUGUUUUUUUUUCAGAAAAGCAGGCUAACAGCUAAGGGGGCAUUUGUCAGUGUAAGACUGUAAAGGUCCAGUACUCCAGCAGGAAGGUUUUGUCAAGUGGUGAGAGAUUGGAUCAUGUUCAGCAGUACUUGUGUCAUGUUCCAGGAGAGGCUGCAAGGCUGGUUGCUGAACAGCACACAGACGUGACUCAAAAAGCAAAAUUCCUCAGGCUUAGAAUGGAAAGAGUGAAUACGUUGAGAUUGUCUGGCCAUGGGAAGGAGAAGAUGCCUGCUCCAAGGGUGCCAGUGCUGGCAGCAAGAUCACUGGAUCUCUUCUCUUCCAGGAGACAUGGAGGUCUAUUUGUGGUUGGAGCUACCUGACUAGAUAAAGUAUAGAUCAGUCUGCUGUGAAAGUAUCUCACAUGAAGAAGACUGCCUGAUGGUUUAGUUUGCUUUGAAUGUAUUGUGUCAUCAGAUGAGCCUUUUCACAAAAUUCAAAACCAGUUAUUUUCUUGUUUCUGGGUUUUGUUAGGAAUUUUUUGUCCCCUGUCAAUUCAGGUGGGCCAUUAUCUGUUGCUGAUUUUAAUUGGAAUUGUGGAAGCAAAAUCCUGGAAUAAAAAAAAAAUAAAAAUGGAAUGUUUCUUUAAGUUUUAAAAUAGGCAGUCUUGACUCAGAUUUGCAGUAAGGGCAGUUUAAUUAUCUGCAAUAUAAAAAUAGCUCUUUAAAUAGGUGUAAAUAAAAUACAUUCAUGUUUAAAGUUUCUUUAUGUUGACAAAGUGGAAUAAAAUAUUUUCAUUGUAAUAAAACAGUUAAAACCGAUUUACCAUAGAAAAAACCACACUUCAGUGUAGGAAUUUUCACCAGAAAAAAAAAAAAAAAGCUUGGCUGCUGAAAGGGAGAUGGUCUUAAAUUUAAGUGUGUUCUAAAGCCAGUUAAUUUACACCAUUAUAAGUGAAACUCAGAGUGGGCAAACAUAAAGCUUCCUAACAUGACUAGAACUACAUGACAAAAUGUGUUUUAAUUGACUAAACACUCAAAGGUGUACUGUCACCAAACUGUCGCUAAAUGACCCUCUUUGGUAAGCCCCAGCAGCCCUGUUAUUCAGCCAGGCUGUUGGUGUUGCCUGUAUUCCAUUAUUGCAGUCCAGAGUGCCUCAUGAGAAUCGACUUAGGAUUCAGUCUAAUAGCCUGUGACUUCCUUCCAAUACAAGAUGUAGAGUGAUCAGCCUUUUGGAAUGUAAAAUAGGUAACAAAGUUUUCUUUUUCCAUCUUAAUUUUACAUAAAAUUGUAAGGAUUUGGGUUUUUUUAAGGGUAAGCCUAGGACUAGUCUUCCUCUUAAAUGACAAUUAAACACACUCCUUGGUGUGCUUCCUGUGGACUUUACUGAAAAAACCCCUACAGGAAUAGAUUGAAGAAAACAUGGCCAAUCAACGGGAUUACAUUAGCAGACCUAUUUGCAAUGGAAUUUCUGUUUCUGAAAAUAAAAUCAAUUCCUUAGUGGCUGAAGGUCAUGGACAACAAAUUCUAAAAGUACUACAAAAGUUCAGAGAACAAAAUAUAUUUUUUGAUUUUAAAAUUCUUGUGAAAGAUGAAAUAAUUCCCUGUCAUCGUUGUGUACUGGCAGCAUGCAGUGAUUUUUUCAGAGCCAUGUUUGAAGUUAAUAUGAAAGAACGGGAUGAUGGCAAUGUUACUAUUAGUAACCUAUCGCCCAAGGCAGUGAAAGCUUUUCUUGAUUAUGCUUACACAGGAAAAACAGAGAUAACCAAUGAUAAUGUGGAAAUGCUCUUCCAACUGUCAUCAUUUCUUCAAGUUUCACUCCUUUCCAAAGCUUGCAGUGACUUCCUAAUAAAAAGUAUUGAUCUUGUGAAUUGCUUACAGUUGCUCUCUCUAUCAGAAAGUUAUGGGUCUGUCCGCUUGUUUGAUCAUGCGCUAGAUUUUGUACAACACCAUUUUUCAUUGCUGCUCAGAUCGAGUGAUUUCUUGGAGAUGAAUUUUGAGAUACUACAAAAAUGUCUCGAGGCUGAUGAAUUAAAUGUCCCUGAGGAAGAAUCAGUGUUGAAAGCUGUCCUCCAAUGGACCAAACACAACUUAGAAACUCGGCAGAAGUAUCUGCCCAAUUUGAUUAAAAAAGUGAGAUUACACCAGUUACCUGAAAAGACUUUGCAGGACUUUCUGCAUUCUGAAGAACACCUACUUAAGAGUGCUAAUUGCUCAGUAAUAAUCAAUGAUGCAGUUAAAAGUGUGCAGAACUUCAGCGGAUUGUUUCCAGAUGCACGUCCUUCAACGACAGAAAAAUACAUAUUUGUUCAUAAAACUGAUGAAGAUGGAGAAAACAGACAUACAUUCUGCUACAACAUCAAAACAGAUAAAUGGAAGGAACUACCACAUACGCACAUGAUUGAUCUGCCAGGGUCAAGUUUGUCUAGCUAUGGAGAAAAAAUAUUUAUAACUGGAGGAUGCAAAGGGAAUUGUUAUAGGACUGUCAGGCUUCACAUUGCUGAACCGUUCCAUGAUGCCACUGACCAAACCUGGUGCUACUGUCCAGUCAACAAUGAAUUCUCCAUAGUGUCAGCUAUGAAAAAACCGAGGACAAUGCACACAUCUGUUGUAACCUUAAAUCAGCUCUUUGUAAUAGGUGGAAAGACCAGAGGAGCUCAAGAAACUCGGAGUCUUUUGGAUGUAGAAUCCUACAAUCCUCUUUCCAAAGACUGGAAAUCUGUAAGCCAGUUACCAAGAGGUAUUUACUAUCCAGAAGCAAGUGCAUGCCAGAAUAUAAUUUAUGUCCUUGGCUCAGAAGUAGAGAUUACUGAUGCCUUUAAUCCAUCUCUUGACUGUUUCUUUAAGUAUAAUGCUAUGACAGAUCAGUGGUCUGAGCUUGUAGCAGAAUUUGGGCAGUUUUUCCAUGCAACUCUAAUCAAAGCUGUUCCAGUGAACUGCACACUGUACAUAUGCGAUCUCUCCACCUACAAGGUCUACAGUUUUUGCCCAGAAACCUGUGUUUGGAAAGGAGAAGGAUCUUUUGAAUGCGCUGGCUUUAAUGCAGGGGCCGUUGGGACAGAAGACAAAAUUUAUAUACUAGGUGGUGAUUAUGCUCCAGAAGAAAUCACAGAUGAAGUUCAAGUCUACCACAGCAGUAGGUCUGAGUGGGAAGAAGUUUCACCAAUGCCAAGAGCCUUAACCGAGUUUUACUGUCAGGUCAUUCAGUUUAAUAAAUACAGGGACCCCUGGUCACCCGUACUGACAAUUUGCUCUGGAGAAUUUUGAAACUCCCAAGUCAAAAGAGUCUAUUUAAAUGCACAAGCUGUAGAACAGUUUUUUAGUAUUAGUUUACAGAUGGAGAAAUAUGUACACGUUUGCUUAAAUUUUCAGUUUAAAUUAAAUGCUGUAGGAUUGCUUUUGGAAGAGUCCAUUAAAAUGUCAUUCAUGCUAGUCAUUAUACAGACAGUAUUAUUUAAUUUUAUAUACAACUCUUCUCUGUAACUAUCAGAUUAAUUCUCAAAAUUAUAUUAAUUUUCCAAAAGAAAUAUUCAUGAGGAAUUAGUUGUGUAAUAUGUGCCAUUAUUUCUGUAAUAUUCACAGUUGUCCCAAUAGACAAAUUGCUAAAUGAGAAAACCGACUGUGAUGUUAUUUUCCCUAUGUAACUGAAGUUUAAAAGACAUUUUCAUUAGCAUUAUUUAGAUUUUCUAUGUUCAUAAACCUGUAAGAGGAAUGAAUUGUCAGCUUUACCUUAUCACAAUGACCUUAGCAAGGACAAUAGCCAAAGUGACCUUCACAGUACUAAAACCAGGUGUCUAACUUGAAGAGACUGAUAAUUCCUGUCAUCUUACUUCAGCUCUUCAGUUUUACCAGUUUUUCUCCAUCCUUGUGCCUUAGAAGUAGCUUUAUUUUCUGUUUCCAUCCCAUUAGCUGUGGCAAAGUAAACUUUGACAACAUACUGCAGGGUAGGUAAGAUUUCUACAGGAUGGAUUCAUGUGAUACCUUUGCUUUAGUCAUAUUGCUAACUAAAGAAAAAACACUUCAGGAUGUUUUCUAACAGAAAUCUUCCAUCUCUGAAGUCUCCUGUGCUGCCUACUAAGCUGUCACUAGGCUGCUUAUAGCAGCAAGCUGUAAAACGAAUCGUAGCUGUUGCUUAACUAUGGGAGAAGUUUUUAUCUUGUCAUACAUCAAAUACAAAGUUACAAAACUAUACCCCCAUAUUAGAGGUUGAAUAGUAAAUAGUAUUUCUGAGGUGAGAAAUCAUCUCUUGUGGUUUAAAUUAAUUAAAACACUUUAUCUUGAGCUUCAUGGUAAUUUCAAAUGUUAAAAUAUUACACAGUAAACACUACACAAUAUAUUGCUUGAUAAACUUUAAAUAGUCAGCUAUUAUAAAGUUGUAAUGGACUUUUAGUGCUAAUAUUAGUCUAGUCAUAGGUUGUGAAGUAAAUUUGAUCUCAUGCUUACAAAGUGAGUCCUCCUUCUGACAGGAGGACACUGAAAUUAGCUAGGUUUCAUACAUAAAUUUGUAAUCUUACACAGCAUAAGAAUUUUUUUUUCUUACUAGGCAUCCAGAUAAGACACUGAGAGCUCUUACGUACUAUAUAUGUAUUGUGAAAGCAGUGAGUUUGUCUUCUGCCAGACAGAGCAAUGGUUUUAAGCACUUAAUCACUUCUUUUCAAGCAGUUAAAAACAUGAAUAAAAUUUAGUGAGGCAUCAGAGCCAUCUUUCCUACGUCUUGAGACAGCUGUGGUAAGUCCAUUAUCACAUCACUACUGCAUGUACAUUUUGCAAAACCCAAGCUGAAUAUUAAUGCUUAAAGCUUAAUAUUGCCUAGAACAUGCUUCUGUUUAAAACAUUAACAAUGGAAGCUUCUGAUUCCAUGAUUGACUCUGUAAUUUGUUAUCAGAUACCUUUACAAAUUUAUAUAACAAUCUACAUAACAAUUUUCGUAAGUAUGUAAAAUAACAUCAUGUACAUUUGGAGAAUGUGUUAAUAGAGCAGGACCCUCCCACUCAGUCAUUUCUGUAUAUUAAAAUGUGUGUCAGUUCUGUAGAAGUAAGUAGCUUGCUACAGUAUUUCAGGCAACUUCCACAUUUAUUUUGUUUGGGUUUUUUUCAUAUUAAGUCUCCAUACUUUAACUAAAUGUAACUAGGUAACCUUUACAAUCACCUUACAGAAAUGGAAGUAUUUUUAUAUUGGGACACAACUACUUUUUGUUAGUGCAAAGUAAAUGUAUUGAGUAGAGAGAGGAAGAAUACUAUUCCUACUUACUGAAACAAUAGGAAAAAACAAACGCAUAGGAAAAUGGUAGUUUUCAUUUCAGUGAAGCUACUCAGGGUAGCAUAGAUUUCAUUAACCAUUAAUUAUUGCAACUUGUCACAUCAUUACAAGGCCAAAUUCACCUUUGCUUGUGUAUUUGUUUUGUGUUUAUAGCUGAGUAAUAUGAAUAUGCAAUUUAUGCGUUGAUAAAAGUAACAUAUUAUGCCCAUAGUACAUGGGUAUAAAUAGCUAUGCAAAUUGGAAGAGACUAGAGAAUUGCAAGGGUUUUUUUAAUUGCCAGUGUCAUGACCAAAUUGCUAGACCACAUAAACAGCAAGCAAGUGAAUCAUUCAGGUGAUGCUCCUUCCCCUAAGUUUUUCCCUACAGCAGAUCUUUUUGGCAGUCUUCCACCCAGCUACUUGCUAUAAGACUCUGGCAUCUGACAUCAGACAGAGCAAUGACGUAUGUGAGAAAUUCCUCAGUAUAGACAGUGAAAACUGACUGAAGCUAAACUGGGAAAAUAGACACGCUUCUUUAAUACUCUACACUUGUGCAGGAGCUAAUGUCAGUCCCCAGUUUGACAAAUCAUUCAUGGAUUUCACAGGGAGUUCAGCUCUUACUCAGUGAUCAGGAAAUAAUGUAGUAAUGUCAGUUACUUUCUGGCGUUGCUUACAGAAAAGUUAUGUGAAAUGGUACUGAUUUUCUGCAGUUAGGCAGGUAAAUCUGUGCUACAGCUCUCACAGAAGGAAAAAAGAUCACUUGCAACAUUUCCACAUGCAAAGUAUUAAAUCUGGUAGUAGAACUGAAUGCAGAAACAGAACUGUUAGAAAGUCAUGGUUAAAGACAAGGCUUUAUGAUGGAAGGACCUAUGUUCCCAACCCUGUGAUUAAUUGCUACAGAUGUUAGAAAUCUCAGUGAACUACAUAAAAGAAUAUGAAUUACUUGCAUGAAUAACUGUUGUAGUCUGGAUCAAACAGAUUUUUCAGCCUACACAGCAUUUAUGCAAUUAAAAACAAAAGUAACAAAAUUAAUACAAAGUGAGUUUUUAAAUAUCUUUUAUGUCUUUUCAAAGCUCUUUGAAUCAAAGCUUUAUAAAAAAGUACCUUCCUCUAAAAAUAGUCAGUAACUAGAUUAAUGAUUACAUAUGUUCUCACUGAAAUAGAAUGAUGUUUAAACAUACAAAAUGCAUGUAAAAUUAUAAUCUAUUUGCACUUAAAUGAUGUAACCAAAACAUUUCUAAUAGUAUUCUAUUUUAUGUCACAGAACACAUUAUAAGCAUGACCAGUAUAAUAUACACGAAAAUAAUAUAUAUUGUAUGUGGGAUUUUAAUAUCCAGUGAUGAUUAUAUUGGAUAAUCUUAAUUUUUAAAGAAUGCUAUCAAAACAUUAUGGCACUUUGGUAAUAUUAUCAUACUGGUUUAGUUAUCAUAAAUAUCAAUUAUUCAGGUGUUUUUAUUGAUUAUGUUUGCACAGACCUGAAGAUUAUUAUUUAAGGACUAAUUAAUUUCUUUUCUAUAUUCUAAAUACAUUUGUAGUAAGUCAGUUUACUGCUGUUAAAAAUUCGUUAUAUUCACAAAAUGGAGUAGAUUUUCUGGGUCAGAUUUAUUUAUGGAAUUACUCUGAAGAAAACUGUUUACCUCCUCUGGUUAGUAUAGGGUAGUAGGCAAGGUAUAGGCUAUAGAAUGUGCUGACUGCAGUUCCUAAUGUGGAGAUUAAUUUCAGAUGUUUCUGUUUGUAGGUGACCAACAGGAGGCAGCAUAAGAUUUAUUUUAAUUAAAACAGACUGAAAACAGGGAUGAAUUUGACAAUAUUUAUAGUUGAACAUUAUGCUAAAUUUACUUUUUUCCUUCUAACACCCAAUAAAACAUAGAGAACAGUAACAUUUUGCUGCUGCCUGGGCUCUGCUGGUAUGUGGAAAGUACAAUACUACACGUUUGCUGAGAUGUUCUUUCUUUUGUGAAAUAAAGCACUGAGCAACUGAA